UACAAACCAAAACUGGGCAAACCUUGAUUCCGAGUCUUGAGUCCCAGCAGAGCAUGGCAGAGCAGCAGCAAUAGCGCCUCCUCUCCUGGUUACUUGAGAACUUUCAAGUGUUUGGUCUAUGAUCGUAAGUGAGCCCCUUGAGUACUAGGCGCUUUAUAUUGUCUUCUUUUGGACAAGGGUCAGCUUCUUAGUCACGUCACGAGCAUUCUUCUGGGAUCAAGUUUGGUCGCUGAAAGGGCCCAAUUCGUGCAUCCUGUGUCUGUCUGCGUAAGAAGAUAUGUUAUUCUGAAUGCGAUCAAUCCUGAGAAAGUCGAGUAACGGCAGCAGCAAUCGAGGCGGCCUAAGAUCGGAUUCAGCACCCUCUGGGCAAGAUGAGCAUGUACGGGUUUGAAGCGAUGAGUUUCAACAUCAAGGAUGGAUUUCUGGAGGCCAUAGUGAGGGGAUACAAAGCAGGCUUGCUCUCAGCAAUUGACUACAACAAUCUGUGCCAAUGCGAGACACUUGAUGACAUCAAGCUUCAGCUUUCAGGCACAGACUACGGAAACUUUUUGGCAAAUGAGCCCUCCCCGCUGCACACAGCUACAAUUGUGGAGAAAUGUACACAGAGUCUCGUCAGCGAGUUCAGCUACAUGCGCACACAGGCAUCCGAGCCUCUCGCAACCUUCCUAGACUAUGUCACGUAUGGACAUAUGAUUGACAACAUCGUGCUCAUUGUUUCGGGGACUCUCCACGAGCGGGAUGUCCAAGAAUUGUUGGACAAAUGCCAUCCGCUUGGGAUGUUUGAUAGUAUUGCUACCCUGGCAGUUGCAUCAAACAUGCGCGAGCUCUACAGGCUUGUCUUGGUUGACACCCCGCUCGCCCCGUACUUUGCCGAGUGCGUCACAUCGGAGGACCUUGAUGACAUGAACAUUGAGAUCAUGAGGAACACGCUCUACAAAGCGUAUCUGGAGGACUUUUACAACUUCUGCAAAAAGCUGGGGGGUGCAACUGCUACAAUCAUGUGCGACCUUCUCGCAUACGAGGCUGACAGACGAGCCAUCAACAUCACAAUCAACAGCAUCGGGACAGAGCUCACCCGGGACGACCGGCGCAAGCUGUUCUCACACUUCGGCCUCUUGUAUCCUUACGGCCACGAAGAAUUGGCGGUCUGUGAAGACUUCGACCAGGUGCGUGCGGCGAUGGAGAAGUACCCCCCCUACCAGAGCAUCUUCUCGAAGCUCCAGUUUGGUGAGAGCCAGAUCUUGGACAAGGCCUUCUACGAGGCGGAGGUCAAGGCGUGCGUUCUGGGAUACGAGCAACAGUUCCACUACGCUGUCUUCUUUGCCUACGUAAGGUUGAAAGAGCAGGAGAUUCGGAACAUCAUGUGGAUUUCAGAAUGUGUUGCACAGAACCAGAAGGCGCGCAUUCAUGACGGGAUUGUCUUCAUCUUCUAAGGUCGGAGCCGCCCUAUCCCUAAGCAGCCACAUGACAGAUUGGGAGACAUUCAAACACCUUACCAAUUUUAGCGUAGAUCGUUAUGUAAAUACCUGAAACCAGAGUCCGCACUGUGACAUUGAAAGAGACCUGCCUGGCAUGCCACCCGCCCUAUGCCCAAGCAUACACAUUCGACGAUGGCUGUUGCGUUGGCCUACCAAGUUUAGAAACUCAACUUAUUGAAGUAUACUAGAGAGGCAAGCCAAUGUAUACGGUCUGCUAGGCCGCAUAGAAGAAAUGCAAGAGCUACUUAAUAUGCACUAGCUUGAACACCGGAUGCAGUGCCGUCAUUGGCCACGGGGGCCGCCUGAAAAACAUGUGGACGGCCA